AUGGGUGGGAUAUUACCAGAAGGGACUGAAGUGACCUUUGCCCUAACAGAGGAGCUAAGAGAUGAUAAAUGGUUGACCAUAGGGAUGGUAAAUAUGUUAUCAGAUUUGUGGGAAAUCCCAUUGACCAGGGGGUGUCCAGGCCAGAUUUUCUCACACACUGUAUUAGGCGUGGUAUCCAUUUGGAUCCCACGGAAAGUAUUAGUGACAUGGGAGGAAAGCAAUACCUUACAGACAGGUUCCAAAGUAUGGGUGCUAUCACGAGCAGGUGAGCAGGUCAAACAGAAGGGAGAAAUACUGUCCAAUGGACCUGGUGACACUAAAGUUGUAUUACUAAGUGGAGGUACUCACCCUGUUUUCUUUCCUUCCAACAGAUUGGUGGCUAUAGAGACAAGUCGGAUCCCUGGUCCUCCAACUCAUACCUGAAUCUAUUAGCAAGUUAUUCGAGAGUGUCAAACAGCACGGAUUGCUGGAUUUGUGGGACAAUAUCAUUCAGCGAGGAGAGCAGUUACCCAUAUGUUGGUAUUCCAUGGACAUUGGAGGAGUUAAAACAAUAUAAUAAUACAGGAUUCGUCUGGUACCGAGAAGAAGGAAAGCCACAAUCAUUGGACAGAUUGCAUAUUAUAAACCGCCCCCAGGAAGGUGCUAUUUGUAUCAGUUCACAUAACAACGGAGCCAAUGCCACUAAAAUGGGAUAUUCUAACUGUACAUCUGCCUGGGUAUAG